UGGUCCCGGUCCGCAGUCCAAACCGUCCGCCGGUGGCCACGUAUCGCCCCUCGGUCCUCCGGAUGUUUUCCCACGACGCCGGACGCCUUUUAUCGGGCUGUUUUCACGAAACUAACCGUAACACGUUAAUUUCCACCAACUUGACGGACUUUUAGCUUGUUUGUUGAGCGGAGGAGAAAGUUUUGAAUGAGCAUUUCCCGCUGGGACGGCGGCGGGAGGAGGAGGGGUCGUCCCGGGGAUCUGAUCUGGGAUCUGCCUCUGCUCUAAGAUAGACUCUGGCUUCUCCGCCUCUGAGCUGCUCGGAAGGACAACUUUGACCGAUUCAAACUUUAAAUUGGUCUCCGAGGAGAGUUUACAAAAGGAGGGAAAAGGCGCCGCAGAGGUCGAAAGGAGCCUGAAAAAGUUCAGGACUGCUGUUGUCGGACAAAACCUUCUCUGAAAAAAAAACCUCUCUAAUUCCGUUAAAUUAAUUUCUUCCGACCGGACGCGUUGAAGACGAUUCUAAAAUGGAUAAAUACGAAGAUUUAGGGCUGGAAGCGAGUAAAUUCAUCGAGGAUUUGAACAUGUACGAGGCGUCCAGAGACGGGCUGUUCCGAAUGAAGAGGGAUGCUGGGAAUAAUCCCGACUUCGAGGAGACCCGGAGAGUGUUUGCCUCCAAGAUGACGAAAAUCCACAUCCAGAAGCAGCAGGAGGAGAUAGCCAAGAACAACCAGGCCAUAAGGAUGAACGGGGGCCACAAUAUGGCCCAUUACACCAAAGACAGGCCCCCCAUCAACAGCUCCAGACAGCCGGGGGAAGCGGCGGCCAAGCCGCCCAUGCUGUCCGGCCCCGCUCCGGGGAGCCAGCAGCCUGACCCCCCACCCUCCACGACAUGCGGCUACGAGCCAAAUUCGUACCCGCACCCCAGCCCCCCUUCUCCUCCGCCCGCUGCACCCGUGCGUGCCCGACACCCCGGCAGCUCCGCGUGGACCCCUCCCGGAGAGCCCACGUCUUCGUUUCAGCGUCCACAUCCCCCCUCCCCUGUCAGCAGCCCCCCAGCUCAGCACAACCAGGCUGGCACCUCUGGGCCUCCUGAGAAGUCUACAAGCUGGUCUGAAGGAUCCCCGGAUUCUGCUAGACUAGACCUGAUCUCUCCUUUGCCCUUGAGUGCUUUCACAGGUGGAGAUGACCUCCAUCUGCAGCCACCCUCCACCGGGGGCCCCUUCAGGUCCUCCCCCCACAAUGGCCCUGAAGCUGCUUCUGCACCCCCUGAAACACCUCAACCCAAAGGCCUGGUGUCAUACGAAUCCUUAAGUCCUGGCAGCGUCUCCAAAAGUACCAGUCACGGUGCAGGUCGAAGCCCGGUGCCCCCCACCGGACAGGCCAGCAGCUCCAAAGCUGAAGGCCUGUGCCCCCCUAAGCUGCCCGCUGAGACCCCCGAUCAGGGGCUUUCAGCUGCUGAGAUGAAGCUGGAAGCCAUCACUAAGAGGCUGGAAAAAGAGAUGGAUGCCCAGCCCAAGGCGGACUACUUUGGAGUCUGCGUCAGGUGUAACACGGCCGUUUAUGGAGCCAGCCAGGCUUGCCAGGCCAUGGGCAGCCUCUACCAUGACAGCUGCUUCACCUGCACUGCUUGCAGUAGGCGGCUGAGGGGAAAGGCUUUCUAUUAUGUCGGAGGGAAGGUCUUCUGUGAGGAGGACUUCCUGUACUCUGGUUUCCAGCAAUCAGCUGACAAGUGCAACGCAUGCGGACAUCUCAUCAUGGAUAUGAUCCUGCAGGCUCUUGGGAAGUCCUACCACCCCGGUUGCUUCCGCUGUGUCAUCUGUAAUGAGAGCCUGGAUGGGGUGCCCUUCACCGUGGACACCGAGAACAAGAUCUACUGCGUCAGAGACUACCACCGGGUCCUUGCCCCUAAAUGUGCUGCCUGCAACCAGCCUAUUUUACCUUCAGAGGGGUCUGACGAAACCAUCCGCGUGGUUUCCAUGGAGAAGGACUACCAUGUGGAAUGCUAUCACUGCGAGGACUGCAAGAUGGAGCUAAACGACGAAGAGGGUCACCGCUGCUACCCUCUGAAUGGCCAUCUCCUCUGCCACUCCUGCCACUUGAAGCACAUCCAGACAGGCGUCCCCGCUCCUCCUGCUGCUGCUGCUGCCUCCUCCUUCUAGCUGCAGCCGCAGGGAGACGACUGCUGGUCGCAAGGAGGAACUGUCAAACAUGGCGCCUGUUCAAUUCUUGUUGUAAAGGAUUGAUUACGGCAUCACACCCUUCAGGAAUGAACUCUGAAGACCGGCUAUGACUCAGAUAUAAAGUAUUGUGAUUAACCAAAGUUGAAUGCAUAUGAUUAUCCUAUGAAGUUUUUCUCUUGUGUUUGUAAACGGAGUGCCUUCUCUUUCGUAUUUGCACUUCAACAGCGAUUCUUCACGUUCAGCUGGAGACACAGUCAUCCUCCUUUCCGAGGCGUUAACUCGCACGUUACUGACAUGAACCUCUGGAGCCUAACGGUUCAGGCUGAGAUCAAUCUGCUGGCCGUUGGAUCUGAACCGUAAAAAGUACCGGUCACAACACAACAGGUUUUCAGACGGACAGAUUGCAGUGCUGAGUGGUGAAAGGAUAAACUCACACACGCUGAUAAAAGCACUUAGACUGAAGUAAUGGACUUUCCUAUGCACAUAUAUUCAGGGCCAUCUAUUAAAUAGUUUUAAAUAUAUAUAUAUUUGUGGGUUUGCAGGUAAAUAUUUUUAAAGUAUAGAUGCAAGUACAGAGCGGAUUUAGGGAACUUUGAUCAAAUGCUAACCAUGGUUGCAGUGUGAGAUGUUUUUCCCGCCAAACCUUUAAUUACUCGAGUCUUCAGUUCAUUAUUUAAGCUUCACUCAUUUGUGAAGGCCAUUUCUCUGUUUAUUAGAAAAUGUAAAGCUAAUGCUGUAUUAUUAUUGCAAAGAAAGUGUUUCAAUAAACAUCAGCUGCUUUGAAUUUAUCCAUUUUAUUUUUAUUAAAACUGGGAUUUUAAUACCAA